CUGCCCGAGAAAUCGCAUAUUUUUGAAGCAGAACAUCCACAAUGACUAGAACUCAUGGUUAUCGUCGAGGAACUCGCGACAUGUUCUCGCGAGACUUCCGUAAACAUGGAACAAUCCCAUUGGCAACAUACAUGAAAGUUUACAAUAUCGGAGACUAUGUUGACAUUAAGGGUAAUGGUGCAGUUCACAAAGGUAUGCCAUUCAAAGCAUAUCACGGAAAGACUGGACGCGUCUAUAAUGUAACACCACAUGCAUUGGGUGUGAUAGUAAAUAAACGAGUUCGCGGUAAGGUUCUACCAAAGCGUAUCAAUGUCCGUGUUGAACAUGUUAAGCCCUCAAAGUGUCGCGAGGAAUUCAUGGCUAGAGUUAAGACAAAUGAUGAGAAACGUCGUGAAGCUAGAGCUCAAGGCAAACAAAUCAUCCUUAAGCGUAAACCCGUCGAUCCAUUAAAGGAACGAGUGAUUGUAAAUCCACCAGAGCCCGUUUUCCUCGCUCCAAUUCCAUAUGAAUUUGUCGCCUAAAUGCGCAUUUUACUAUUGUUGGAUUCAAAUAAUUUAUCAAUAAAUGAAAACAUCUCAAGAUAAAUUGCUACACU